ACCCAAGUAUAAUUAGAGUUGGAGUACUCUCUGAAUAGAAAUAUAAGGACUGGCUAUACAUUCUCCACAACAUACAAUCAUUUGGGUUGUCUUUGUUUUUUGUUUCUAAAAUUUUAGCCAUGUCUGGCACUGAGAUGGCCUCACUAACCAAGUUUCUUCCUUACCAAAGACUUGGACAUGAUGAUGGUUUUGAUGGUUAUGAUGAUGAAGAAAUUGGAGAGAGGUAUGUUGGGAAAUCAAGGAGCUGGUUCAGGUUCAAAAGGGUGCCUAUAAGGAGGAGAUUCAAGCUUAAAGUUCCAAGCUUGAGAAGGUUCUUGAGGAGGAAAGUUAGGCUGUUCUCUUCAGUGAGACUCUCAUGUGCGAAGGCGUUGAAGAGAUUCAAGGAAAGACAGGCUUAUUUUGGUGAUAUUUUUGCUGGCAAUUACUUGUUCGUACAGAUCAACCCUACAUCAUUGAAGAGCCUUAAGAAAGGUCAUGAGCUUAAUGGCUUGUCCUCAAGGUACUCUAUUUCAAAAGUUGCUUAAUGGGUCUUCAUUGGAUUUACAUGUCCUUGAUCAUAAGUGAUCCUGUAAUGGAUUGUAAUUUGGUUUGUAAUUCGUUUAAGAAUGAUCUUGCUUUUUUGGUUUAUGUUAUCCUUUUCUUUUCCAAAUACUACUUGGAAUGGUAAGUUGAUUAUUGGUAGAAGGGUUGGUAUUGUAUCUGCAUUCUGCACCCUGUUCUUGCACUCUAGCACAUCUAAACCAGUGUUUGUUACUAUUAA